AUGUUUCUAUCUUACGCCGCCGUGGCCGUGUUCACUUUCGCGAUUUUGUUGAAUAUCUUCUACUUGUACUCGCCCGUCGAAUCAGCCGCAAACGGAUUAAUGUUCGAGUUGUGCGAGGAUUGUCUGAAGUCGGAGUGCCACGCCAAAAGUAAAAGGCCGUGCAUAACCAGAUACGACCCUCAGUACAAUUUCUCAUGUUACACGUGUGAUCCCGAACAUGGCAACCAACAGUACUAUUCCGGAGACGAAUGCAAGAAGGGCUGCACGGACCCGUCAAUGAUGUGCAUUUGUGACGGAUCGUGUUACAUGUGCAUCGUCAUACAGGGCGCCGAUUUGAGUCAUUACAUGAAUUGCACCGCACCAGAUCAGCUGGAGGAACCAACUUGCGUGUAA